AUGAACAACUAUAACGACCCGACAGGCGUGCCUCCACCAGCCUUCCCGACCGAUCUCCCACCACGAACGGGUAGUCAACAGUACCAAAAUCGCAACUUCAAGUCUCGCUACUGUGGAAGUGCACGAUCGUGUUUUGGCUACACAUUUUCGGCCUGGAGUCUGAAGGUCACAGGCCUGAACCUGUUUCGCAGGAUCUGCAUGUACCUCCUCUGGCUCACCCAACUGGCUCUCGCGACACUGAAUGGAUUCGUGUUCGAUGACAAUUUCGGCGCCUGGAUUGUCAAGCUCAUAUUUUUGGCGCUGUUCUCGAUCCUGACGUUCUGGAGUCUGUCUGUCAUCGACGGUGUGAAGGGCGAGAAGAGAAUCAAAGGUGUGGCUGUAAGCCGGCGAGGACUCACUUACUUCGUCUUCGCCUGCACCGUGAUCUACGCGGCCUUGAUGGCAGGAUGGUUCUUUGAAGAUUUCCCAAAGACGUCGGAACACGCUUUCUGGUUCCUCACAGCUAUUGCGAUUGCUGCUGCUGCUGGGGUGGCCACCACAGUACCUGAGCCCUCGCCAUACUCGGUCUGA